AAACAGCAAGAACUGCAACUAGAUCUUACCUGAAUUAAAGAAGAAAAAUCUGUAGAGUUGCAGAGGCAUUGCAGGGUAUCAGAGAUGAUGAGGAAGCAAUACUCUUUCACUCUUUGCCUGAUGCUCCUGCUUGUGGCUGCUCUGCUUUGCACCAUGAACACCAUCUCCGUCGAAGCAGGAAGGGGCGGUUACAAUUCAGUGAAUCCCGAUGGAAGGAGCGGUUACAAUUCAGUGAAUCCCGAUGGAAGGAGUGGGUACAAUUCAGUGAAUCCUGAUGGAAGGAGCGGCUACAAUUCAGUCAAUCCCGAUGGAAGGAGUGGUUACAAUUCAGUCAAUCCGAAUGGGAGGGGUGGCUACAAUUCGGUCAAUCCCAAUGGAAGGAGUGGCUACAAUUCUGUCCCUAGAAACGGCGGUGGAAGCCCAUAGCUCUAACUGGGCCAAUGAAGCAAGCAAAGCAUUCAUGAUCCAGUCCACCAGCUAAUAUACAGCCCAAGUUUGGAUGAAUAUAUCUGUCUAUGUAUGCAGAUAUAUACAGUGUAUUCUAAAUAAAUACGUACGAUCUAGUUGAUCGGCGUUGCAUGGUUUGAAAAAUUAUGUGUGGAAUUUGUACAAGUAUUGUAUAAUGUAUUGGUCUACCGUGUACGUAUGUAAUUAAGCAUCUUGCUUCUUUAUUUCACUUGUUCCUAGGAGAGAGAGAAAGAGUCCAUUUUAGUAUUAAAAAAAACUCCCUUCGUCUGUCA